UAAUCACUUAUGUAAGCAAUUUAUGUGAAUCUGCGUCUACUUUUUCGACUAAACAAUCAAAUUUACUCUCGAAUCCAAUGCGCUGAAUUAAUAUGUCAGCUUUAUGUCUGUAAAUUAUGAUUAGAAUCAUUUUAAUUUCGCUUAUUACUAGCGUUUUAUCAACCAUUCAUCUUCGUGAUAAUGCUCGGCGGAGUUAUAAUGACGACACAUCGAUAGCACAAGACAAAUAUUCCGAAGACAAAAACGAAAAUACUGAAAGUUUGAAAGAAACCGAUGGAGACAUUGAUGAUACAUCAGAUGGAAUCGAGAACGCAAGAAGAGGUCUAAUGGAUUGGUUCAAGAAAGUGUUUAGAAUUAAGAAAGCUAAUAACGAUCAUCCGGCAGCACGGACAAGGAAAGAAGACACUACUGAUGGUAUUACUAACUCAACUUCAGAAUUAAAAACGUCAUUUUUUCCCAAUUCAAACGGACCUAGACGUAACACUGGAUGGUCGCAACAUUUGUAUGACAAUUUCGUGUUGCCGCGACUCACAAAUCGUAAUGCCACAGACAACACAAACAUUUACGAGGCAAUUAACAAACUAACCGAGGUAAUAAUUGAAUUAAAUAAUAAUUUAAACAGCAAAAACAACAAUGAUUAUGUACUUUUAAACGUGCCGAGAGAUAGUUUAAAAAGUGUUCGAGUAAAACGCGAAGUAGACACGAAAAAUGAAACGGAUAAUGGUAGAAGAAGUACAAACGUGUUUAGAUAUAAAUUGGCAAGUUAUUUUAAGGAGAUACUUGAUGAUUUGAAGAAGAAAAUGUCAAGUUUAAUCGCUGUUAAGGAGGAAUAUUACAACGUCAAUGCGUUUAAAAUUGGUUACCUAAUGGCAAACUUGGACAUUUUGGAGAAAAAUCUAGUUCGUUUCAAAAACGACAUGGACGGAAACGCUUUGAAAUGGGAUGAUAUCGAGAUGAUUGAAACGUUUGACACACUCAAAGUGCACCAUUACACAAUAUCGAAAUUAAUAAAAUCCCUAUUAUAUUACUUGGGAAAAGGUGAAAAACGUAACAUGGACCACAUGUGAAUAUGUAAAAUUUUGUACAAGAUGACGAAAUAAAAAUAAGGAAAACAUAUAA